UCGCACGUCAGUAUGAAUCGGCAUGUGCGCCAGCAACAACAUUUCCACAAUCAUUAACCUCAAAGGGCUUUAAUGCAAAUUGAAUUGAAAUUUGCCGAAUUGCCAGGGAGUGAGAAGACUUUUUGUGAAUUUAGCGUAUUAGCCACCGGUCUGGAGGGCACCUGGAGUGGAGCAGGAAGCCAUGCCAGCCAAGCGAACGACUGUCACAACGGCAACAUCGACAGCAUCGGCAGCAACAACGGCAUCAGCAACAAGGUCGGCUGCAUCUCCAGCUGUAUCAGCAGCUAAAGCUGGACCAGCGCAAACCACAGCGACAGCAGCAACAGGACUACCAAAUACAACAGCAAUGCCAAACUCUGGACCAACAUCUGGAGCUACACUAGGUGGGGGCCUUAAUGUAAACGCAUCUCGCCCCUUGGAGAUGUUUAAUGGCUUGACAAGAUUGACACCAGCCAGAGAUCUUACUCUUGGCGGACGUGGACCCAAAGCUAGCAAUAAAAAGGUUUUUGCUCCAAAUCUAAACGCUGUGAGAAACAAAAAUGCCAAUGUGAAAACCUCGAAAGAUUUUACCCAAUCACGUGGCAAUGGGCGACGUGGUGGCCGUGGCGCGACUACUGGAGCACAACGCGGAGGACGUGGUGGCGGCACUGGCAAUUCUUCGUUAAUACAAACCACUGGUGUCUUCUCCGAAGGAGUCGGUGCCCUUCAAGUGCGCAAAUCGACCGGAAAUGGUACGGCUUACGCUCGUGAUGAGGUCUCGGUGUCGUCACGCAAGCGUAAAGAUGACAACAAAUUACAGCAAUUGAGUGUAAAGGAAUUGUUAGGCGAAUCGGAUGAUUCAGAUGGAGGAAAUGACCCCGCCUCAUUGAGUGAUCAUGAAAUGGAUGGGGAUAAGACUGAGUUGGCAUUUAAGCCUAUAGCGCUAAAGGAAGGUCUUUGGCACAAUGAGAAACCUGUGGUAAAAGAAGAGCCAUCUUCUUCAGUGAGCACAAAUCAGCAAGAUUCUUUGGCCAUUGCUCAGCAUUUACAAAAACUUCAUGUCACUGCCCAAGAUGCGAUUCUCGAAGAACCACCGCCUCAAUUUGGACGUUAUCCACGUUCAAUUGGGGCAUUUCUUGAGGCAACAUCAUCGCAAAUGUUUAUCAUGCAAUUGCCCGAUGUGUUGCCCUGUGUAACCGAUGAUACAGAUGAUCCCAGUGAUGGUCAUAAGGCAGUAUCUAUUAAGGAAGAGGGUGGAGCGGGAGGUGCUGCUGCUGCUGCUCCUAACUCACCGGCAGAUCAACCGUCCAGUCCGGCAGCAGCUACAAUAAACCAACCCAAGCUGACUGUGCUCAAUCAACUGGAGGAGGGGCAAAUUGGCAAAAUUUUACGUUACCGUUCGGGGCGUGUUAAAUUAUUGCUUGGUGAUACUCGUUUCGAUUUGGAUAUGGGUCUGGAAUCUGGUUUCCUUCAGGAAAUCAUGUCAAUUACAACAAAUCGUGAACAACGCAGUGGUGAUAUGAUUAAUUUAGGACCCGUUCAGGCUAAGCUUAAGGCCACACCCGAUUGGGUUCAUCUAUUUGAGCAGCAAGAGGCAAAUCGUGCAUCAGCAACUACAACAACAAGCAUAUUAACAGCAACAAAUAUAACAACAACGACAACAACAUCAAGCACGUAGUACGGACUCCAUGAGAUUUCAUUCAUAUAUAUACAUAUAUAUUCCUGUUGCCAAUCACAUGCUGCUUCCUCCUCAUCCAUAAUUUUUAGUGUAAAUGUAAUAAUUCUUGUAAAUAGGCCGUGCCUAUUUCUUAAGUUAUUUAAAACUUAAUAAAAAAAAAACAAACAAAUAGACAAACUUUAUAAGACCAAA